AAAAUAAAAGAGCAAAGAGCGGAAAGAAGCCCCGAUAAUGAAGGAACACGGUAACAAACAACAUCCGGCGGCGGAACCGGCGGCAAAGACGCUCAAGUCGCUACUGAAGAAGCCGGGCCAGACUAAAGCGAAGUCGCAAAAACAUCGCGUGGUGAUUAACGAGAAGUUGAACGAGUUCUUCGCGGCGGACUACAUUAUACUAAUUAAGGAGGAGUGUUGCGCGGAUUAUGAGGAGGAUUGCGACUGCUGCUACCAAGAGCACGAGUUUAUGCGGCUGGGCAAUUGUAAGGAGUGUCGGGCGGAAUUGAACCUGCACUUCAGCACCGGCAACGGCAGAUACGAUGAAAUGGCGAGGGGUGUGGAGCAAGCGCUCUGCGAGAAUACCAUGCGAGAUCACUGCGGUGGCGGACCGCGUGGAAAGAGUCAGCAGGGUCGAGAGGACGCGCAAAUGGAAGAGGAGGAGGAGGACGAGGAGGAGGCGGAUGACGGCGAGGAAGAAGAGUACGAGGAGGAGGAGCGGGAGGAGGAGGAGGAGGACGAAGAGGAGAACGUCGACGGGAAGGUGGUGGAGAAGAUGGUGUCGGCGGCCGCGGCGACGGCGGCCACGUCGGUGGAAGGGAAGAAUGCGAAUGAGCGAGGGAACGUGGACGCGGAGGAAGCGACGAAGGGACGUUGGCCGAAGGAGAUGGCCGCGAAUUCCCAGGAGGAGAGCGGAACCGUGGUUCCGCCGUCGCCGCCGCGGCACGACCAGCAGCAACAGCAACAGCAACAGCAACAGGAAACGCUCAGCCCGCCAGAGGGUUACAAAGACGUGUGCUCGAACAACGAGAUCACUAACGAGACAGAGCAACGUGGACGCGCGUCAACUACGACGUGCACGGAGUGCAAUUACUACCAGCAACAGGCAGCGGAAUGUGAAUCGCAAGCGAAGGAUCGUGGGAAUGAACAGGAUACACAGAGCAGCAAGGACACUGUGCAUGACAGUAAGCAAAGGAAUUUGCAAGAUAAACAGCAUCGAACGUCUCUCCCUGGUAUAUCUAUCUUUUUGUUACAAAUUUCUUGAGUAUUUUUUGAAGAAACUUAUUUCUAGGAACUGUACUGCAGACAAGAAUUUAUUUAUUUUUUGUGUUACAAACACCGUAUCUAUAAUAUUAGUUCAAUUUAUUUAGUGAUUUUGAUAGAUUAUAAGAUAUGAAACGGAAUGCAUGUAUUGUUUACAUUUGAGUCAAUCAUUUGACAAAUAAUAUAAGUUAAUUUUUGUUGAAGAUUCAGAAUGAAGGAAGGCACAUUUUUUCUACAUAUCAUAUUAGUUAAAUAUUUCUUUUCUUACUAGAUUUGCAAAAUACUUACUUGCGAAACAAUAUAAGUGACUGUAUUUAUU